CGCCGCGCCCGGGCAGCGCGUCCCGGUGUUCUGCGCGCUGGGGCAGCGUCGCCGAGCCCUCUCCACCCGACGCCUUGGAACCAGGGAAGCAGCCUGGGCCCCGCUGGCCAGAGGCACCCCAGGCAUGUCAGAACUCUAACGGGUGACAGGGAGUGGCUGUUAUCCACCAGCCUUCUCUGUCCGGCUCCAAGAUGCUGAGCCUGAAGCUCCCCAGGCUGUUCAGCAUUGACCAGAUGCCACAGGUCUUCCAUGAACAGGGCAUCCUCUUUGGCUACCGACAUCCACAGAGCUCUGCUACUGCCUGUCUCCUCAGCCUUUUUCAGAUGACCAAUGAGACCCUCAACAUCUGGACUCACUUGCUACCCUUCUGGUUCUUCGCGUGGAGGUUUGUAAGCGCACUGUCUGUGACAGACGUCUGGAAUGACAGCUACUCCUGGCCUCUGCUUGUGUACAUGGGCACGAGCUGCGUGUACCCCUUCGUGUCCAGCUGUGCACAUACCUUCAGCUCCAUGUCCAAGAACGCCAGGCACAUCUGCUACUUCCUGGACUACGGCGCCGUCAACCUCUUCAGCCUGGGCUCAGCCAUUGCCUACUCUGCGUACGUGUUCCCCGAAGCACUGGUGAGCACCACCUUCCACGACUGCUACGUGAGCCUGGCCGUGCUGAACACCAUCGUCAGCACAGGCCUGUCCUGCUACUCCAGGUUCCUUGAAGUCCAGAAACCCAGGCUCUGUAAGGUGCUCCGCAUCCUUGCCUUCGCUUACCCCUACACCUGGGACUCCUUGCCCAUCUUCUACAGGCUGUUCAUGUUCCCAGAGGAGAAUGCACAGAGCGAAGCCACCCUGUACCAUCAGAAGCACAUGGCCAUGACCCUCCUGGCCUCUUUCUUCUACUCUGCACACCUGCCCGAACGCCUGGCUCCCGGAUGCUUCGACUACAUCGGUCACAGUCACCAGUUGUUCCACAUAUGUGUGAUCAUGGCCACGCACAUGCAGAUGGAGGCCAUACUUCUGGACAAGACUCUGAGGAAGGAGUGGCUCCUGGCCACCUCCCGGCCCCUGACCUUCUCUCAGAUCUCUGGAGCCAUGCUUCUAUGCAUCGUCUUCAGCCUCAGCAACAUAAUGUAUUUCUCAGCUGCUCUGUAUCGGAUUCCUGAGCCAGAAUUACAUAAGAAAGAAACAUGAUCCACACUGGAAACUUUCCGUACCCAGUGCCCACACUCACCGGCGACACUCUAACCACCGUGAUUGGCAGUGAUGCCCUUUUUUGACAGCCUGAUAUGGCUGUGGUUUGGUGUCUUGGCAUUUUUGAGUGGGUUCAUGUCAAAAAGGUAUUUAACUGGAGAAAUCUCUCUAGAUGUGCACUGAUUCUAUAUUUGUGGUUUUUAAAUCACAGACGGGUUGAAGAAAGUACUUAUUUGGGCCAAUCAUGAAUAUUUCAUUAGGUCUGAUAUUUAUUUAAAGCGGAUUCAGUUCCAUUUAAAUGGUUAGAUUAAGCAUAUUAAACUUGUAGCUUUAUCACUGAACAGUUGGAUUAAGCUUUAUUGCUCAGGUAGUAUUAAUCUUUUAAAAUGGAACUUGCUUUAUUCCAUGCAAAGCCUCUUCAAGAGCUCCCCCAGUGGCCUGUCAAUGACUUUGGGAAGGAAAGCAUCUGGAAAGGUCAGUAGGGAGCUGAGGAGAAGGAGGUUGGGUCUGUGGGAGUUGGAGGGAUUGGAAAAGCUUUCCAGAUGCUGGAAUCUGUUCUUUCCCCAUAAGUUUAUUCCACUUUCCUAUGGCAUUCUUGUUUGAUAUCACACAGUAUUAUGCAAUGCAGACAAAUUGUUUUCAUGACCGGAGCUGACUGAGUUCACCUUUCAAUCAAUGACAGGGCUGUAUUUGGGGGAUGGCAUAUACUUGAUGCUGCUUCAGCAUUUCAAAGAGGGAGCAAAAUUUAGUGUUCAUCUUCCAUGUGCUGAGAAAGCUAGAGACUUUGCCAAAGGGUAGGUGAGACGUGAUUCUCAGGCUUUAUGGUGAAUCAGAAACAGCUGAUGAGUUUGCAAGGAGGGCAGACUCCCUGAGGAUGCUAGCAGAUUCUGCUUCACUAAUUUGAGUAGUAGUUUCCUGGAGAAGAGCCCCUCUAGAGCAAGUCCCCAGGUGAUCUGGAUUCAGGAGGGCCACAGGUCACACUAGAGGAAAUGCUGGUGGCAAGAUUCCAGAAGACACUGGGCCUAUUCUGGUCUAAAUUUAGCAACUCACCACAAGAGGAAGGGGUCCCCGGCUUUCCACUCUGAGUGCUACAAAAGCACAGCAUUUUCUCUCAUGUUGCAUUACUAAUUAUACUUCAGUAUUUUAUGUUUGUAAGGGUUCAGAAAUGCUGAUGCAAAACAAUUUUUAACAGAGGCCUAGCAACCCCUGAUCUGUACUUGCUGAAGACUUAACAGGCCUCCGUCACAACAGCAGAAUCCUUUUUGCUGACUCAGGGCUACCCCUAUAACUUAAGAGUCCCACCUCCAGGGUUAACUGGCCCAGACUUUUAAAUGGCCUUGAAAUAGCUCACAUCUAAUUCUCUGAGGACAAGUAACAAUUUAUGUUGGAUCAGGGAUGAGAAUGGUGAAGAAUUAUUAUUUCAUUAGUUUCAUUACCUACUUCCUCUGGAGGGUGGCAGACUUAUAAAAUUACAUGGACUGGCAAAUUUGGUGCAUUAAUUGCAAGCUGUGUGAUAACUUUUUUUUUCUUUUUUUUGCAAUCACUCAAUAUGGUUAGUGGAAUUCUAUGCCAGAAGGGUCUGUGGAUUUCCAUGUCAUCUUGAUGUUAUGAUGAAAAAGGUGUUAACGCGUAAACAUCUUAUUCUAGAAGCAUCAAGGACAUGAAGGUUUUUACUUCUCUUAUUUAGAGAGAGUAAAAUAAUAUUUUUAAUUUAACUUAGAAAUAGUUAAAAGAUAAAGGGUGAUUCAUUUGAAGGACUUUUAGAUUUUUAAUCUUUGUUUAUAUUGUUUUUUCAUCAUGCUUAAAGAUGAAAAUGAGAAGUUAAGUCAACACAAUGUUUCAAUUGUUUCAUAAUGUUUGGUAGACUUGUGGACAGUGUUACAAAUUAAAAUAACAAUUGGUAAUAUACCUAUUUGGAAGCAUCUAAUAGGGAGUGAGGAUGUAUUCAAAUAUAUUAAUUAUCAUGACAUGUCAAGUCUUACUUGGAUAUAGUUCUGCUCAGACCAUCCGGACACUCAAAAAGCUUGCCAUGGGUCAGUUGAAGUCCUCACUGGAAAGAUGUCUUUUACUGUAGCAAGUCUCAAAAGAGUUUCAAAUGUCUCAAUGCACUUAAGAGAUGUGACCAUCUGGGUGGAUACAACUGGUAAGAUGGCACUGCCUCACAAGGGACUGGGCACAAUCUUAACCAAAUGGACUUCUUCCCCUUACCCCUACCUGAGAAACACUUCUCUAAAAUUUAUCAGACACUAUAAUGGUGAUAACACUCGAGUGUGUUUGAAAGAGCCUCCCGGUCAUCUCUAUCUCCAAUCAUAGUUUCACUGUCCAUUACUUGGUUUUUAGAGUAACUUUCCAUCUUCUUUCUAAAGAAAGGAAUUUGUAAUUAUUGAUUAGAAUUACUAGUGGUGCUUCUGAAGCCUUUUGAGUACAAAUUGACUUAAAUAUUUGGUCUGCUGCAAUCUUUCUUAAAUAUUUUGUGUGGAACCUGCCAGUGAGUUGUUCCGAGAAAGGCAGGUAGAGAAUGGUGGUGAUAGAUAUGUUGGGGAGCCUUUCACUUGAAUCUAAUGUGUCCCAACUUUGUUUUGGCAUGGGACCCUUUUUUACAUGCAACACCCACUAACACUGUAUGACAGCACUUUGAAACUCAUGAGCUGAAUGUAAGCCUCUGCUAUUGGCCUGCUGAUUUUCUAGUCAGCAGUCCAUUAUGGCUGAACAGGUAAAGAACCAUUUCCAAAUUCAGAGGUGUUCUUUGAACUUAUACUAUCUGAUUUCCUUAAACUAUGCAGAAAAAAAUUUAUUUAUUAUAAUAAAGU